AUGGCUGCAAAGCCGCCCCCAGCACCGCCCGGCGAGAAGAAGAAGAAGCCGCCCCGCCCCGGCCCACCGCCUCCACCCCCACCAGUAGCCACGGCAGCUCUAGUGGCAAGAGUCGCGGCGGCCAAGGUCUUUGGAUUGUGGCCGUCGUCGGCGCUCGCCGGUUUGCAGCCGGUCUGGACGACGGAAGCUGGCAGAGGGAAGCUGACGCUGGACCUGUCCGCAUCGAAACGAGAUUUGCCCAAAGAACCCGAACAGCACGCGCAGUUAUUGGAUCUAGUGCAAGCGGAGAUCGACGCACUUGUGUCAAGUAACGCGCCCAUCACCGUCGCGGAAGCCACAAGAGCGGACACGGAAAAGGCGUUUGGGGACCCCAUCACGCCGUUGUACGACGGCGGCAAGCCGCCCAAAAAUUCAAAACCGGACGACGUCGUGCGGGUCGCGUCUUUGGCGGGCUUCGCCGUCGACGCGACGGCACUCCCCGUCGCUUCAAGUGCUUCCGGUCCCAUCCAACUCAUCGGCCGAACGUCGGACAACCCGAAGAAGAAGCCCGAGACCAUGGUCCUGCUCGCGGGGAAGAAAAAACAACUGUCGCUCAAGUUCUCUACUCAGUCAACGGAGGCGUCCGCGGCCGUGCCUUCUGGAAACAUGACACAAGCCGCCUCGGCGUCGCAACAGGCCCACCGCGCGCUGUCGUUGACGCCGCUCGUCGCGGCCCAGCCCAAAGUUGUACCAAGGUCCUCCGAGGCCGAGACCGAGGACGAGGGCGAGAUGGUCGUCGAUCCUUGGGCGGUAGAGGGCAAGAUCGACUAUUCUAAAUUAGUGGAGAAGUUCGGAAGUCAAUUACUCACACCAUCUUUACUAGAGAGACUCGGCGCACUAGCAGCGAAGAACGGCAUGAGAUUACAUCGGUUCUUUAGAAGAGGCAUCUUCUUCUCGCACCGCGACCUGGCCAAGAUCCUGGAUGCGGCGGAGAAUAGGAAGGGCUUGUACCUCUAUACGGGACGGGGGCCCUCAUCCGCGGCGAUGCACCUCGGGCACCUCGUCCCGUUCCUCAUGACGCAGUGGCUCCAGGCGGCGUUGGGAGUGCCUUUGGUCGUCCAGAUGACCGACGACGAGAAGUUUCUGUGGAAGGGCGAGUACGACGAGAAGAAGGGUGCCUACGACUUGGAUAGGUUCCGCUUACUCACGCGGGAAAACGCCAAGGACAUCAUCGCGUGCGGCUUCGACCUGGACAAGACGUUUAUCUUCAGCGAUUGCGACUACAUGGGCCACAUGUACCCGAACGUGUGCCGCAUCUGGAAGUCGAUCACGUAUAGUACGGCGCGGGCGGCCUUCGGCUUUGAAGGAAGUAGUAACGUGGGCCAGAGCGCGUUCCCGGCGAUCCAGGCGGCGCCGUCGUUUCCCUCGUCGUUCCGAAUCCCUCUGUCAAAGUGCGGGCCUCGACCGGAUGAUGCCUGUUGUUUGAUUCCCUGCGCCAUCGACCAGGACCCCUAUUUUAGAGUUACGCGCGACGUGGCGCACAAGAUCGCGCCGAAAAGUCAUCCGCUGCGCGGCAAGCCGGCCCUGGUUCAUUCCAAGUUCUUUCCUCCGCUCCAGGCUGUGUGGAAAUCAACCAGUGAGUUCGGCUAUCCUGAGAAGUAUUGCAGAGCCUCCGUGAACCUCCACGCCAUCGAGCUGCCGCAGUUACGGGGACGACGUCGCGUCGAUGGCGCGGGGCGUCCGAAAUUCGAUUUCCACACAGGCUCCAGGGCGCGCUGGGCAAGAUGUCGGCCUCGAACACGGACUCGGCCGUCUUCCUCACGGACUCGGACGACGAAAUUAGAAGGAAGAUCAUGACGCACGCCUUCAGCGGCGGCCGCGAGACGGCGAAGCUGCAGCGCGAGCUCGGGGCGGAUUUGGAGAUCGACGUCGCGUACCAGUGGCUGCGGUUCUUCCUGGAAGACGACGAGGAACUAGACGCGAUCGGCAAGAGCUACGGCAGCGGCCAGGGGCCGUACUGGAACACGGCGGCCGUAAAGGAGCGCCUCGUCGUCGAGCUGCAGAAGCUCGUGCGCGCGCACAAGGCCCGGCGGGACGUCCUGACGGAUUCCGACGUGGACGCCUGGAUGGCCGUGCGGGCGCUCGGGGCGCCUUAUUAG